AUGUUAGUUGCAAUCUAUUUAAACAAAUACAGAGAUAUCAGAGAUGCUUAGUUUAUUGAGACAUCUGUCAGAGGUAUUGAGUAUGUAAAGAGCUAUGGUAACUCAUUUUAGCAAUGGGUGGAAAACUUUACAAAGUAAUUAGCAGUCUCAUUUAUCCUUGAUAGUUGUGUUGAUGACAUUUAUCAGAUGGAGGGAUUGCUUAAGCUUAUUGAAAUUUGGGAUUUAUGUCAUUAGUUUGAGAUAGCACUUCAAAAGUAGAAUCCUCUUGGUGUUAAUAUGGGCUACGAUCCUUUCUAAAAUAACUCAUAGAGAUUAGUGAAGCAGCUGAAAACUAUAAAUAUCGUGAACCAAAGACUGGCGUAUCUGAGUGAUUAGAUAGUAAAAUUUGAGAAGUUAAAGCCUGAUGAUGUGACUCCGAGUAUGAAGAUGAGUUUAGAGAAUAUGGAACGAGAUCUGAUUGAGCUAAAGAAGCAGUAAAUAGAGAUUGUAGAGUAGAGCAUCAAAUUUAUGUUUGACAUGAGCUCUAUGGUCCAUAAGGAGAAGAAUCAGUGGCUUAAUUUGGCUUCCAAUUCCAAACUCUCCAAAUACUAAUAAGCUUUGGCAAUCAAACAAGGCAAAACUGUCUAGAAUGAUAAUUAAUGA